AUGUAUCAUCUAGCAAAGGGGCUGUAUUUGUACGCAACGAGUAAAGAAGAGUACUCGGUUCUCCUCCUCGGCCUCGACAAUGCCGGAAAGACCACGUUCCACGAGCAGGUCAAAUCGCUCUUUCUUCCUAACAACCCCGCGCCGAAACUAAAGACUGUGCCGACGGUCGGGCAGAAUGUCUCGACGAUUACACUUCCGGACAUGUACCUGAAGAUCUGGGAUGUGGGGGGCCAGCACAGCCUGCGCAAGCUGUGGCAGAGUUACUACAGCUCCUGCCACGCCAUCGUCUUUAUCAUCGAUAGCACGGACAUCGGCGACGGCAAUUUGGAGAACGAUCGCAGUGGCAGGUUAGAGGAGUGCAGGCUGGUGUUGGAGGAUGUCCUGCAACACUCGGAAACCGAGGGUGUGCCAUUGCUAGUUUUGGCAAACAAGCAGGAUAGGGAGGAUUGUGUGGAAGUGGUAAGAAUUAAAGAGGGCCUGGUGAAGAAGGUUUUUGAGGGCGAGAAAGGUGGCAGUAUUAGGGACUCGAGGGUCUUGCCUGUGAGUGCGUUGACGGGGACGGGUGUGACGGAAGCGGUAGAGUGGGUGAGGAGCCGGGUUAAAUGGAAUAAGGAGGGGAGGCCUCCAGUUAUGAGAUGA